UUAAGAUGAACAGUCUUUCUACAUUUCUUCAUACAGAACUUUUACAAAUUGUGGAUGAAACAAAGCGUAGGCAUUCUGAGAUCAAAGAGGCCGCAGAAAAAUCGAUUAUCAUCGUAAGAUCUCUAAUAGAACAACCUGAUAUCAAUGUUUCUAAAGGUGAAAAAUUUAGUCACAAUUCAUUUUGGAUUCUCAUUUUGGAUUUGUCAAGCUGUUUACAUAAAUUGAUCUCACAUCGUGCUGUUCCUGAGUUUUCCAUUAAAACUAUAAUAAAAAUUCUUAAUGACUUAGUAUUUCAAGGUGUUGAAGUUCAACUCAAAAUUUUACAGACUAUCCCACCUUUGCUAAAUAAUUAUCAAUCAUUACAAGGCGAUCUUCUUAUUGACGCGUUAUUAAUAUGUUUUCAUCUUCAUGACUCAAAAGCUGUUGUAGUCAGUAACACUGCUGCUGCUACGUUGCGUCAAUUGGUAAUCGACGUUUUUGAAAAAAUUCUUUUAGAAGACGAAAUAAAUGACAAAGGUGCAAUAAAUCCCAGUUCGAAUGCAAGAUUAAGCUUAAAUGGGAAUGUUUUGUCUCUUC